UAAAAUGAUGACUUGUUUGAAAUUUAAAUUCGAAACUCAAAAAAAGAGUCACGUAAAAUACCCCAAACAAAAAACAGAAGUAUCCCUAGUCGCCUUGUCAACACUCCCAACAAAAUUCCCAUCCCAAUUCCUCCCUCUUGUUGGCGAUAUCACACAAUUUCAAUUCAACAUCAGAUCCGUGCCUAAUCGCUUCUCAAUCAUCUCUCUAGGGUUUGGUUUUUAUAAUUCAUAAUCGCUGAGUCUCUCUCUCUACUUUUGUCAACUCGGACCGAGUACACUCAGGUCAAUUUAUUUGUGUGAAAGCAGAAAAUCAGUUAAUUUAGGGGUAGUUUUCUAUUUGGGAUUGGGGAGGUAUUGUUUUGCCUGUUUCAAAGUGGGAGUGGAUGCCAGUUGUAAGAAUGCGUAGAAGUACAAGAGGGUUUAAGGUUUUGCGGUCAGGAAAGCGGGUGUGGACUGAUCAACUAGUUGAGGUUGGAAAGAAACAGCCCCGUAAAAGAGCCAGGGCUAAGGACAAAAAGGUCUCGGCUGAAAAGUCUGUAGAGGAGGCACCUGUAUUAAAAGAUAAUGAGAAGGUGGAUGACGGUUUUGAUAUGAGUCGAGAAAAAAUUGAGAUGGAUGUUGAUGAAGAUACUAGAAAAGAUUCAGUCAAGGGAAGGGAGAAACCAAGGGGAGCUGUAUAUGUGAGGAAAGAUAAAAUGGGUACAGUUGAAUCUCCAGUUAGCUCUACAUUUGGAUCCUUUGGUGUCCAUAAAAGGAGGAGUCUUAGGUUGAGGAAGGGUAGAAUAUGUUCACCAUUGGUCGCAGGGAAUGCAGAUGGUGCUCUGCCUGGUGAUUCGUCUAUCGGACCUGAUGUCUUUCCAUGCUCUUCUGUAGAAUCUGGUCAGCAGGCUAUUAGUUCUCUUGUUGAUAAUUCCAUCACAAGUGUUAGAAAACGAAAGCAUUCACUUCCAGGGUUAAUAGAGAAUAUUGAUACUUCAACCUGCUGUACAAAUAUAUUGGUUAUUGAAUCAGAUAGAUGUUACAGGGUAGAAGGAGCUGCCUUUAACUUGGUAAAAUCAGAUGCAAACCAGUGGUUUGUUGCAAUUGAGAAGGAUGGCACAAGGAGAUAUGAUGUUAUCGUGCAGCAGGUUAUGAGAACAUGUAGCUUUAACAGAAUUACUCAUGCAGUUAUAUGGACAUGUGAUAAUGGUUGGAGGCUAGAGUUUCCUAACCGGAGGGAUUGGUUGAUUUUCAAAGAGCUGUAUAAGGAAUGUGCUGAACACAAUAUUAAGGCUCCUAGAGGGAGUGGCAUUCCUGUUCCUGGGGUGCAUGAAGUACCAAGCUACAGUCAAAGUAGCCGUGGUUCCUUCAAAAGACCACACUCAUACAUCACAUGGAAAGAUGAUGAAUUGACUAGAGCAUUGGCAAAGGAGACUGCAUACUACGACUUGGAUUGUGAAGAUGAACUGUGGCUAGACAAGUUCAAUAAUGAGUCUUUUCAAGAUAAGCGAAUUAAUAAGCAUGUGUCAGCUGCUGCUUUUGAGCAGAUUAUUAACUCUUUUGAGAAAGGUUUGUACUGCAGGCAAGAGGAUUAUUCUGAUGUCAGAAUUGCUGUUGAUCUUUCAUUGAAUUUAGAAAGAAAGGAGGUUCUAGAAGCUGUACACAACUAUUGGAUGAGAAAACGGAAGCAAAAAAAGUCGGCCCUGUCCAGAGUUUUCCAGUGUUACCAACUGAGGGAAACUCAUAUUUCAGCGGCAGUUAUUCUUGGCAAGAAAAGGUCAUGUACUCGACAAGCUACCAGAAGUGGAAGAGGCCAGCAAAGAACUUUUUCAUCAAGAUUUUGUUUGAUGCCAGGAAAACUUCCAUCGUGCCAGUCAAAUGAAAGUAUUUUUUUCAUCGAAACCAAUUUAAACAGAGCUUGUUACUCAGCCUCAAUUAUCAUGCCUAACAGUUAAGUUUCUUCUUUGGAGUUAAAACUGUAGCUCCUAAUUCUGCAAAAUAUAAUGGCCUAUGAAUGCAUUUGAUGCCAUUAGCCCAUUCACCAAUUUUUUGACAGAAUCAUUUAUGUGAAUACACUUUGUUUAUUAUGCGGUGCUGCUUUGGUUAUAAACUUGUCGAGAUGUUGA